GUGACCUCUCUAAUACUACAUCUCCCGGCAUGCCAUGCGAUGUGAAAGCUCCGCCCUCGCCAGCUACAUCCUGGAGGACAGGGACUCGGCUGGGGAGGAGAGGACAGGUGGAGAGGAAGCGCCGGCCUCAGACAUGACGAAACUGGCAGAGUGGCUGCUGGGACUGAUGCUUCUUGGUGGAGUCUGGGUUACUCUGACCUUAGACCUUCUGGGUUUGGAGCUCCCUGUGGCCUAUCGGGAGGUAAUCUGGCCGCUUCCGGUGUACCUUCUGGUGACAUUCGGCUGUUAUUCCUUAGCCACUGUCGGUUACCGCGUAGCCACGUUCAACGACUGUGAGGAGGCAGCGCAGGAGCUGCAGGAUCAGAUCAAGGAGGCCAAGAGAGACCUGAGCAGGAGGGGGCUGCGAUUGUGACCCUGUGACUCGCCCCGCCCCUGAGGUUCAGGUUCUGUGACUCGCCCCGCCCCUGAGGUUCAGGUUCUGUGACUUGUCCCCACCCCCGCUGUACAUUAUAGCUGUACCUAGACAUCUAUUAAAGCUGUGUUUUGUUUGUGACAA